AUGACUGGCUCUUCGCAGUUUGGUACGUCGCGUUUUGGCGACGCAAACAAUAAUACCACUACGACUUCUGUUACAAGCCCGCUGAAGCGAAGCGACGCGACGAUGAACCUUGACCAAACCCUCACGGGAAGCCCGAAACCCAAACGUCGCAGCUAUGGUCCCACAAGUUUGGGUGUCGAUUUCAAUGUCUAUGAUCAUGGUCCUGGCUCUCCAAACGCUGAAGUUCAAGAUGACUCCCCUCGUGAAUAUGAUUGGACAAGCACUGUCUCUCCUAAUGUUUCUGAGCCGUUAGCAUCUCUAGCAUCUCAUGCUGCGAUGCGUAGGGCUGGGUCUCUUCGAAAGUCUACUCUUCAGCAGCGAGAGCGAACAUCAUGGGGCAAGCGCCAUGCAGCUCAGCAAUUAUCUCAGAGCUCCGGCGAAGCUACUACCCCCCAACGAGAGCGAACCUCGUGGGGAAGACGAGGCGCACCGCAGUUAGCCCAGUCUCCUAACGAGACUACUACUCCUAAUGGGAAGAACCGGCCACGAUUGUCUCUUGAUCAUUUCAUGCCCCCUCCUCCCCGAGAGAGUCCGUUCACCGCACCAGCUCCGCUGCCGAAUCCUUCUAUGCAUAUGCUUAACCAGCCGGCCCAGCAACCACAGCAGCCACAUCCAUUGUCACGUACUAUGACGACAUCGUCUUCUAACUCAAGUCUAUCUAACGACUCUCCCGUGCAUUUUCAAGUUCCGGUCGCUGAAAAGUCGAGGGCGCCUAUGAACUUUUCCAAGAGCUUGCCAAUUGGUACUGUUCGUCCGCAGCAUUACAAGCCAAGCCAUGGUAUUGCAAGCAUUUCUACUCCUGACUACAAGCACGAGAGGCCAUAUGAAGGAGCUUUCGCAUCUACCGGCUUAGUAUCGAAGAUGGUUCGUGACCCGGAGCAAGCACCUUCUGGUAGUGCAUAUGGAGCUGUUCCCGACACGCCUUGUAAGAAGCCUCCUAGUGGUUUUGCCACCUAUCCGCCGCUUCCUAUGUCUGGCAAUGUUAAAGCUAGAGGUCGACACAUCAAACAUACCUUCGGCCUUCCAUCAAGUCCCUUUGAUUCGGUAACACCGAACCGCCCUGCGAAUCCCUUCAGCGAGCAGUCUCGACCCCGAGAGUCUAGUAACGAUGGAGAUUUACCGCCGACGCCCACGAAGCAGCAGACCGCGCCGCGAAGUUCGAGCGGAUUGAGCCGGCUGUCUACCGAAAGCCCCACGGCUAGUCGCCGCCUUCCUGCGUUCGGAAACAGCGCAGCUUUGCAGCAAGACCCUGCCGCUAGCUGUAAGUAUCACCUACCAAAGCGAUCCUGCAAUGGCGGAAAAGGCAGAGAGAAUAUCACCCCUAUCAAAGGUGGCUUCAACCUGCCCACCCCUGCUGUUCAGGAGACGCAAUCCAACAUCUGUCUCCCUUUAUCUUCAUUUAGUCGAUCUCGAGCUCAGCGUGGUUCGUUUUCUUCGCCUGCGCGGCUUGAGACCCACUCGAUGAUGACUCCUCUCGUGAAGUCCUCUACCCAAGUUCAAUUUGCUAAGAGUAGCCCCGUGAUUACAGCGAGUCCUUUGGAGCGACUAGAAUUUGCGGAGAAAGCUUCCCCCCAGACCCCUCAGGGAAGCUUUGCGCCUCUUGAUGCAAGUCGUCUAUCGAUCUCUAACGCGAACGACGGCUUCUUGUUCCCCGGAACUGGCGAUAAAAACUCGCCUUUCCCGCCUGCAACUCCGACAACACGACACGAUAAUGUCCCGGCAUUCUUUGAACGACGCGCUAUUACCCCUAUCAAUGGUAUGCCUUCUCACGACUUGGAUGAAGGGCUCAUGUCGCGUUUUGGAAAAGUUGAAUUUAUAGGCAAGGGUGAAUUUUCGCAAGUGUACAAAGUCACCGAAGCCGCUCAGUCCGCAAGAACCGUUCAGCCUGGCUUCUUCAGUACCCCUACGCACCGGACAGCUUCCCCCUCGCCUACUAAGGUGUAUGCAGUCAAGAAGCUCACCCUUCCGAUCCAAGGUAAUAAGGAUCGAGCCCUUCGAUUCCGCGAAGUAUCUGUAUUGGAAACCUUGAAAGGCUGCGACCAUGUCUUGCAGCUCGUUAACAGCUGGGAAGACAGCAGCUGCCUCUAUAUUCAGACUGAAUAUUGCGAAGAGGGCAGCCUUCAUGCAUUCUUGUCUUUUGUCGGCUUGAAAGGACGACUUGAUGAUUUCAGAAUCUGGAAGAUUAUGCUUGAGAUUGGCAAGGGUUUGAAACAUAUUCACGAUGCUGGCUAUAUCCACCUGGAUUUGAAACCUGCCAAUAUCUUUAUCAACUUUGAAGGCACCUUGAAGAUUGGUGAUUUCGGUCUAACGACGGCUUUGCCGAUAGAGAAGGGUCCCGAUCUAGAGGGAGAUCGCGAAUACUUGGCGCCCGAGGCUCUUCGAGGAGAGAUUGGCAAGCCUACCGAUGUAUUUUCCUUCGGUCUGAUCAUGCUAGAAAUCGCGGCCAACGUCAAACUGCCUGAGAAUGGAACAACUUGGGCUGGGUUGAGAGAGGGUGACUUCUCCGAGGUUCCCACCCUUACUCAAGACGCGGGCGCGAUUGUGCGGGAUGCUAAUGGCAUGCCGCUUGAUGACAGUGAUCGUAGCGUUGGUCUGUUUGGAGAUGAUCGUGCCACGCCUGCUGGGCGCCGCAACUACAACUUCCGAAAUGUUACCCGUCAAUCGGCAGACAUUUUCGGCCUAGGCCGCAAGAGCGAACUACAGCAUCCUCCCGAUUUCAUGAAGGACCCUGGUCACCCUAACUCCCUCGAUAUAGUUGUGAAGUUGAUGCUCACGCCGGAUCCCAUGAUGCGUCCUACAGUUUCCCAAUUGCUUGAUCUCGAAGCAGCAAAUUGGGUCGCAUCACGUCAACGAGCUGCCGCGACAGUCUUUGAAGGAAAUUGGGGCCCUGCGGAUGAAGUGUCGGCUCCCAUCUCACUGGAUACGGAGAUGAUUGAUGUCUAA